CAGCAAACAGCCAAACGAAGAUGAAGACUUCCUCUGUGUUCUUACUGGUACUGAUAUUCUGCCAUCAUUGCAGAGCUCAGACACAGAGUAGCGACGAUGACACGGCUCAGACACAGAGGGCCGGGACUGAAGCUAAUGGAGGUGAACAAGAGCUGGUGCAUCAGACUGACGUCUGGGUUGAACUGAGGAAUCUGAGAGACAUGGUGGUGGAGCAGAAAGUAGAGCUGAGGUACCUGACGGCCAGAGUAACAGCUGCUGAGAGCAUAGUGGAGGCCUUGGAGAUAAAGAAUACAGCCAUGGAGGCCAGGAUGACGGCUGCUGAGAGCUUGGCAGAGGAACUGCAGAUGGAGAAUGACGUUCAAGCUGCAGAGCUUGCAGUCGUCCAGCAGAAGCUCAGCACUCUGCAGCGACGACUGACAGUUGUUGAACACCACGUGGAGGAGGUGGAGAAACAGCAGGAAGGACAAGAUGCUGCACUGCAGGAACUUCAGAAUUCCAAUAAAGUGGGGAAAGUGGCUUUUUCUGCCUCCCUUCUGACAUCUGGUGAAGGUAACACUGGCAGCUCAGAGUAUGUUCCACUCACCUUCAAAAAUGUCUUCACCAACAUUGGAAACCACUACGACCCAAACACAGGUUACUUCACUGCACCCGUGAGAGGAGUGUAUUACUUCAGAUUUACUGGCCAUGUAGCACACACUGAUCGUAGUAUGAUUAUGAGACUUGUAAAGAACGGACGUUUCAUGGUCACGGCUGCUGACCGUAGCACCACAUCCACAGAUCUUGAGGACAAUGCAUCCAAUGGCAUAGCGUUGCAGUUAGAAGUGGGGGAUGCUGUUUCAGUACAAAUUAAUGGAAGUGUUUGGGAUGACCAGUACCACAGAACAACAUUUAGUGGCUUUCUGCUCUUUCCUUUCUAAGAUAUUCCAAUAGAGUGCUGCAGGAAUGAGUCCUAAAACCGGGAAUGAGUCAGCAAUUUUGCCCUUUUUAUUCCCUCGUCUCGAAGUCAAUGGAUUUUUUGAAUGAGUUUUUGGUUAGACGCCUGAAAUAAGGUCUCUGGUUAGCUUAAUGGUUGAGCUUAGCAUUUUGUAUCUAUGUUACAUAUUUUGUCAGUAAAUAUCCCACUCGUGAAAAGUGAGACUAAACAUCAUCACGCUGACUUGUCCGCCUUUAGCUUCGUUGUGGUGACGCUGAAGUCAUGCGACCGUGAUGUAGUUUGUUAGAUUCACGCUUAAAAACUCUAAAAAGUGGUGUUUAUUAUCUUCCUGAACUAGAACAUGUAAGCAUCAUGAAUGUUUGUUUGCCACAGAGUUUAUUUUCUGCAAUAAUCCAAAAUCCCAUUGGCUUUUUGUCGAGUGAACCAGUGUGAUUCUAACUUCCAGGUUGAUCUAAAAUGCGUCAUCCCUGCAGCACUCUACUGCUAACAUGAGAGCUAUACAUGCAGAGGCCAAUUUAACUAAUGGCUGCAAAUUUAUUCAAAACACAAAAACUGCAUUUUCUGUAACUUUUUGUACCAUAAAACAAAGUUUAUAAGUUUAUGAAAAUAAAAACAACUAAAUUAAAGCUUUU